AUGGAAUUGCAUAAAUUAGAUAUGGAGUGCAUUCAUUGUCUUUUUGUUUUUGUUGAAUGGCAUUAUUUCAAUGGAAUGUUAAAAACAACUCAAAACAAAAAGUUUAUUAGGACUAUUUUUAGUUUAAUCGACAACUCUAGUUUGCUAGCUUUAAUUAUGCAUAAUACAAAGAUAUUAUUAAAAUUAAACCAAAAAAUUUUUUUUUUUUAUUUUAUCACUAAAAAUCUGAAUUCUAGUUAUUUUAAGCUAUAUAUUAUGGAUAUUGAUAUUUAA